ACAUUUUCUGAAUCACCAGUUAAGAUAUUAAUGAAAAGAUUCUCGCACAAUGGUUUGGUUUGGAAUGUUUGAGAUUAUUUCAGGAGAGAGAAAAUAGUUGAUAGAGGAAAAAAUGCGAUUAUUUUUUCAAAUCUAAGAUCCUUGAUUUCUCCCUACUUUCUCACCCAAAUCCUUUGAUUCUUUGUGUCUUUUCUUCCUUUUUCUGUAAUCUACAAGCAUGAGGUGCUGGUAUUGAUAUGAGUAACAACAAGCUUGAGAUGGUUCUUCAACGGAAAGACGUUGGGGGGUUUGAUUCAGUCGGAACAAUUGCUGCAACAAUUGGGGGUAAUUUAAACCCUAAUGUUAAAGAGUGGAGAACCCUGUUUCCCUAUGCAAAACCUAUACCCCCACAGCCUCCAAUGAAAUUCUUUCCUUCAACUGAUUUAAAUGGGAAGAGGGUGGUGGAUUAUGCAGCUGGUGAUUUCUCUUCUGGAAUCAAAAGAUGUGAGGAUUAUGUAGUUGGUUUUUGUGUGGGUAAAAGACUCUCCUUUCCAGCAGUCAAGGAUGCUGCAACUAAGCAUUGUAAGCUUAAGAAUGAAGUGAGUAUCAAACUUCACAGUAAUUAUGCUUUCACUUUUGAAUUUAAGGAAGAUGAGGAUCGUAAAAAAGUGCUAGAAUUAGGUUCGUUCUGUAUUUCUAGUUGCCUAUUCACUGUGAGACCUUAGUCUAACUUGAUUGAAUGUUCAAUUGCUAGCAUUAGAACCCUACCCAAUUGGGUAUUGAUUUACAAUGUGCAUCUGCACAUGUGGGAUAAUGAAGGCCUUAGCUUAAUCUCGAGUUUCCUAUGAAAGCCUGUACUUGCAGAUGAUUAUACUUUAAAUAGAACAAGAUUAUCCUAUGCUAGAAUUUGUAUUGAAGUUGAUGUAUUUUUUU